AUGAAACAUUCUUCUAUUCAUUUGGACAAUUUACCUGAUGAAAUUCUUCUGAUUAUUUUUAAUAAACUUAAUAAUACCACUCUACUUUACUCAUUAUUAGGUGUUAAUAAACGAUUAAAUAAAAUCUUAUAUGAUUCUAUAUUUACCAAUCAUUUAACUUUAUUAAGACGUAAACCCAAUCAUUUGAUUAUGUUUCAAUCUUUAUCAAGUCAUCUUAUUUAUCCAUUAGUUGAUCAAAUACUUAAUCGAUUUUGUCUUGAAAUUUUAUCUGAAAUUCAUGAUAAAAUUGAAUGGCUUGAUCUUGAAUCAUCAUCUAUGGAACGUAUUCUUCUGGCUACAAAUUAUCCUAAUUUAUCAGGACUUGGUUUAUAUAAUAUUGAAGCAAAAAGGGCAAUAGAUUUAUUUUCUGAUGAAACUCGUUUCUUUGAUACCUUGAAAAAACAAAUAGUAUCACUUAUUAUCGAUUUCGAUACAAAUGGAAAACAAACAUCAACUGAAUAUGUCUAUGUUAGUUUAUUUACGCAUAUAUUUAGUACAUUUACUAAUUUACGAUCAUUAAAAUUUGGUCUAUCUCCAAUAUGGUGUCAACUAUUAGUAUUUUCUACUCCACCUUCAACUGUUAUUUGUUCAAAUCUAUUAGAAUUACAUGUCUCUUUACAACGUUUUAUCGAUUGUCUUUAUUUAGUUGAUGGGCGUUUUAACCAACUUCAUACACUUCAUGUUCAUAUUGGUGUGAUUUCCAGUUCAAGAAUUCUAAUCAAUAAUAAGGAAAAUUUACCGAAUCUAAGAAAUUUUUCGCUCCAAAGUGAUAUGUAUACAAGUGAAUAUGAUGAAUUAAUUGUGCCACUGUUACAUCGAAUGAUAAAUAUAGAAAAACUUGAUUUGUCUCUUAUUGUUUGUGUAAGAAAAACAUUUGUUGAUGGUUAUGAUUUGAAUAUAAAUAUCGUCGAUCAUAUGAGGAAAUUAAAUAGAUUUACAUUUAACAUUCGUUCUGAGAGUCGUUUUUAUAAUAAAUUUAAUUUACCAUUAAAUGGAAACAUACAAAAUACAUUCAAAGAUUUUAAAAACAAUAAAAUAAUAUCUUGUGUUGAUUAUUUCCAAGAUAUGAAUUAUAGUCAAUGUCAUAUUUAUUCUCAACCAUAUAAAUUGAAAUAUUACCAUAAAAUAACAAAUAAUUUUCGAGGUGGAUUAUUUAAAUGUGUUCGUAAAGUUGAAUUAUUUGAUGAACAUCCAUUCGAACAUGAAUUUUUUCUUCUAAUUCAAAAAUCAUUUCCAUUAAUGGAAAACUUAACUGUAAUCAAUCAUAAACGACAAAAAAAUAAACAAUUUAGAAAAUUAAUAAAUGAAAAUCAAGAGUUUUCAAUAAUUAAAUAUCCUCAUCUUAUUCACCUUGAUUUUGCUCAAACUUCCAAAGAUUAUCAUAAACAAUUUUUAUUUGAUAACAAAAUAUGUUUACCAAAUGGUGUUACCGUUCGUAUGGAUUAUCAAAUAGCGAAAAAAGUAACACGCAAUUUUCGAAGAAAAACUACUCGAACUAAUUGUGCCAAAUUCAGCCGUAUAUUUUUUUCCAACAAAUCAACGUUUCCUGACCAUUUUCAAGACUAUUUUCCACAUGCAAAAAUAGUUUGAUUAUUAUUAACUAUUACUUAACAAAACAUUUCUAUUGAAUGACUCUAUUAAACCAAAAAAAGAAUGUUUGUUUUUUGUUUUUCUUUUAUAGAAAAGUGUCAAAAUCUAUGAAUACAUAAUAGAAUAAUUACAUAUGACGGUGUAUCACUGGUUGAAAAAUAGUGAAGAAAAUACUUAUUGUGUAAGAAAAUAAUAUUUUAUUAUAAAUUAUACUUCUAACUCCGGUUAAUUAUGAUUACAUAACAUGAAAUAUGUUUUUAACAACUGAAAAAACACUAGAAUAUUGAGAAUUUAAGUAAAUGCGUUGAGCAGCAUUGUUGUCGCGUUAAAACUUGAAAACACGAUAUAACUGGCUUAUCAUUAAAAAAAGAUCUAGUGCGAUACACAUUUCUAAAGUUACCUAUAUAAACUUAGUUUUUCUUAUUGCGAAAGAAAGGAUGUUACAUGAGAAAAUCUAUAUGUAUUUGUUAGUCUGUUCUAACCAAUCAGAAACUAGCUUUUAUAUUAUUCGUGUUUUGGAUAUUUUGAUAAAAUUUUCCUCUAGGAUAUCAAGGGCCAGGAAUGGAAAUUUGGGAUCGGAUGUUGAAUGCGAGCUUUCAUUGGCUGAAAAAUUGCCCCCUCCAAAGGGAGCUUUUCCAUUUUUGGACUUUUGAGCGUUUUCAUGAAACUUUGCUAUAGGUUAUCGAUAGUCAGGAAUCCAAAUCUGAGAUCAGGUUUUCAUUCGAGCUUCCAUUGGAUAGAAACUCAUCCAAUCAGAAGCGAAAU